AUGUGGUGCACAGUUAAUGCAGUUAUUAUAGGGAUGUUUAUUUCAUCGGUUAUCGACGGACACAAACCAACAUUUUCGUGUAAUCGACCAAUUUUUUGUUCAACAGCAUCGUGGAAUACAUUGGGCAUCACCUUUGCUAAUCAGACAAUAUCCGGGCAAAAUCCUCUCGCCGUUUUUGUCGAUGCCAACAAUUGGGUCUAUGUCGUUAAUCAAAACACCAAACAAGUUUUAAUUUGGCAUAACGAUAGUAUCGAUCCCACACAAGUCAUUCCCAAUAGUGUUUAUAAUUCAUGGUCUAUCUUUGUGACCGGUACUGGUGACAUUUACAUUGCAUACAACCACUUAUAUCGUGCAGUCGACAAAUGGAUAUCAGGGACAAAUGCUUCUGUUGUUGUGCUGAACACUACCGCUUUUUGUUUUGGCCUUUUUGUCGACACCAACGAUACUUUAUAUUGUUCACAAACGAAAAAUCAUACGGUAGUUAAAAGAUGGUUGAAUGACGAUAAGAUGACGAUCAAUAUUGUUGCUGGUACAGGUGUUAAUGGCAGUGCACCGAAUCAGCUAGACUAUCCUCAAGGAAUCUUUGUUGACGUGAAUUUUGAUUUAUACGUAGCAGAUUGCUAUAAUCAUCGUAUUCAAUGGUUUCCACUAGGACAGUCUACUGCCACGACAAUUGCCGGACAAGGAUCAACGGAGAAUAAUAUCACACUUUAUUUUCCUACAGGAAUUUUACUUGAUGCUGAAAACUAUAUAUUCAUCUUGGAACCUGGUAAUGGUCGUAUAAUUAGAACAGGACCAAAUGGUUACCGAUGUAUAAUAGGAUGUGAUGGGCCAGGUUCCCUGGCUAAUCAACUAUCACGUCCAAGUACUUUUAGUUUUGAUAAUUAUGGAAAUAUUUUUGUAAGUGAUCAAAAUAAUCAUCGAAUUCAGAAAUUUGUAUUCAUGACAAAGUCUUGCGAUUACACAACUACUUAUCCACUGACAACUGACGUUCAACAAGUUACACCACUAUUUUUCACCCCUACAUGUCCAAAUUCAUCGAACAUUGGCAUCGACUGCAAAUUACCAGGCACUUCCUGUGCAAUUCUGAACCCGUGUCUAAAUGACGGCACUUGCGAUAACAUAAAUGACGUUCCCUGGUAUAGCUGUUUAUGCCCACCUGGUUUUAAUGGAACACGAUGUCAAUUCGAUCAUCGACUAUGUAAAAAUGGCACUUGCUUCAAUAAUGGCACCUGUGCCGGUGCAUCCACUUGUAUAUGCGCGCCAGGAUGGCAGGGCAGGCGAUGUGAGACGAAAAUAAACUAUUGUAUUAAUGUAACCUGUCAGAACAAUGGUAUUUGUCGACCGUUGUUACUGAAUUAUUCAUGCGAAUGUCUCAGUAGUAGUUUCUCUGGUCGUCAUUGUGAGAUAACUGCGACGAAAAUAGUCAUCUAUAAGACUGUAUCGAAGUCUGUAUCAUAUAUAGCGAUUCUUGCGAUGAUAACUGUAGCUGCAUUUGUUAUUAUUAUGGAUAUAUUGAAAUAUUGCUUUGGUAUUGAUCCGACACGCGAAGAACUAGAACGUAUUCGGCGAGAAAAACGAGCAAAGAAACGCAAACCAGUGGUUCAACGCUUUGUGUAUGUGAAUGCUCCUUCGAUUCGAGUUUCACAACCGAAAGAACAGUCAAACAGGAUCAAUGACACUCGCGUUUAG